AUGGGAUUCACCUGUCCUUUUUGUAUGUGUCUCCAAGGCGGGCCUGGCUCUGGCAAGGGCACCCAGUGUGAGAAGGUGGUGGCCAAGUAUGGCUACACCCACCUGUCCUCCGGGGACCUGCUGCGUGCUGAGGUGGCAUCCGGCUCAGAGAGGGGCAAGACCCUCCAGGCCAUCAUGCAGAAAGGAGAGCUCGUACCCCUGGUGAGUGGCUGCAUGGGACAGCUUUUACAGUCAUAUCCAGAAAGCAGUUACUAUGUAACAGCACGUCAAUUAAAUGUUGUUCUUACAGCAAUUAUAGUCUAACUACACAGAUUUAUGGUAUAAGGUAUAACCAUUUGUGCUGAAUUCCUUGCAAUAAGUACCAAUAAAUCAGGUAAAUACCAAUUGUAAUAGGGGUGUUAUUGUGUUCAUAAGUUACUUUGUCAUUUUUCAACACAGAAGUAAAACUGUUCAAACAUAUUUCUAUGAGGGUGAGUGUGUUUCAUGUCAAUAAAUAGUACAUGUGCUUCCCUCCUAUAGGACACAGUCUUGGACAUGAUCAAGGAUGCCAUGAUCGCUAAGGCUGACGUGUCCAAGGGCUUCCUCAUUGAUGGCUACCCCCGUGAGGUCAAACAGGGUGAGGAGUUCGAGAAGAAGGUAAGAGGAGACAGGAACAUGGAUUCACAUUUAGAAAAUCCUUACUGUUCCCAGGCAGAGGCCAGUCUGAUGCCACCCCUCCCCCGUGCCUUCUCAAAAAUGUGUUAUGGGAUUUAUAGUAAAGACAUGUAAUUUAACUGUAAAAAUGUAUUACCUUUUAAUGUGCCAUGAACACAACUAGUCAUGAUGUUUUCAUCUGAUUGUCAAACAAAUCACUUAAAAAAAAUAGGUUACAUUAGUACGUUCAUCCAAAAUAAUUCCAGCAUGCGAACAGUGCACUGUGCACCUGCCAACUGUCCUUCAAUUCACAAGUGGCUCACCGGAGAAGGCAUUCGAGCGAGUGAAACAGUGCCCCUCUGUCUUACUAUAUGUAGCCCAUGUAUCUGAUGUUGUCUGGCCAAAAAGAGUAUGACAUGCCAUAUUAUUUUGGGCCAGAGAGCAUGAGAUACAUGAGCUACACAUACAUGUCCUCUGCAUCGACGACGAUGGCAGUAUUAUCAGCAGCCCCUGUCUUUUUACCAAAGAAAUGCAUAUUGUAUCUCCCUAAGCUAACAUAUGGAAUUGUUUUAAGAUGGUCAUACCAAGGAUAAUUUAGCUAUUUGAUUUUGAAUUUUGAGACCCCUGUAGGUAUAACUUUUUUUCAUUACAAAAUGAUUUGAUGAAAUAUCGAAUUUGGCUUUACUGCUAUUAGCCGAUAAAAAACGCAUUUAGUAACAAAUUCAUAAAUGGAAAAACAGCCAAAAAGCAAUCAAAAGGAAGUAUGUUUUGAAGUGUCUGUCCUAUAUCUGAGAGAAAUAAGCUAAAAAAAGAAGAAGAAUUUAUAAUAGAAUUACCCGUAUACAUUUGACGUGGAAAUGCCGUAUAAAAUUCACUCCCACAACAUUUUCAGCCCAUUACCGGGUUACCUUCAAAUGAGUCUUGUGGAACUUCAGAGAGCAAAACAGAGAACAGAUGUUAGAGAUGUUUUCAUGAGAAGAUCGAUUUUCGGGAUGUCUCCUCGUCUGACAAACACCACAGAUGUUGAAGGCAAACAUUGGCAGAUGCGGUGGAUGAGACGCAGCCCAUACAAAACAGAUAUCUCUAGCUUAAACAGACGGAUUAUGAUGGGGAUUUUUAAAAUUAUUUAUUUAUUAUGCUUCAAGCAUUUAAAUGUAUUUUUUUAUACCCAUCUCAUGAGGCCCCUUGAUGACGUGAGGCCUGAGGCAAAUUGCCUCGUCUGCCUAAUGGUGUCUGCCAGUGACUGUUUCAUCGAUGGGCAAUUUGGUUGCAGCACCAUGAAAACACUUACAUGGGUGAUUCUACAGAAGUGGUGUACAUUUCUGUCCCACCCCAAAAUAACUAUUUUAAAGAACAGUUAUAUACAUCAUGAUAUGUUUUAAUUCAAUCCAAGUCCAUAACAAACAUGUUUUAAUUAAUAUAGUACAAAGUCAUUGUUUAUACACCUACAGUGGGGAAAAACGUAUUUAGUCAGCCACCAAUUGUGCAAGUUCUCCCACUUAAAAAGAUGAGAGAGGCCUGUAAUUUUCAUCAUAGGUACAUGUCAACUAUGACCGACAAAUUGAGAAUUUUUUUCUCCAGAAAAUCACAUUGUAGGAUUUUUUAUGAAUUUAUUUGCAAAUUAUGGUGGAAAAUAAGUAUUUGGUCACCUACAAACAAGCAAGAUUUCUGGCUCUCACAGACCUGUAACUUCUUUCUUUAAGAGGCUCCUCUGUCCUCCACUCGUUACCUGUAUUAAUGGCACCUGUUUGAACUUGUUAUCAGUAUAAAAGACACCUGUCCACAACCUCAAACAGUCACACUCCAAACUCCACUAUGGCCAAGACCAAAGAGCUGUCAAAGGACACCUGAAUCAAAAUUGUAGACCUGCACCAGGCUGGGAAGACUGAAUCUGCAAUAGGUAAGCAGCUUGGUUUGAAUAAAUCAACUGUGGGAGCAAUUAUUAGGAAAUGGAAGACAUACAAGACCACUGAUAAUCUCCCUCGAUCUGGGGCUCCACGCAAAAUCUCACCCCGUGGGGUCAAAAUGAUCACAAGAACGGUGAGCAAAAAUCCCAGAUCCACACGGGGGGACCUAGUGAAUUACCUGCAGAGAGCUGGGACCAAAGUAACAAAGCCUACCAUCAGUAACACACUACGCCACCAGGGACUCAAAUCCUGCAGUGCCAGACGUGUCCCCCUGCUUAAGCCAGUACAUGUCCAGGCCCGUCUGAAGUUUGCUAGAGUGCAUUUGGAUGAUCCAGAAGACGAUUGGGAGAAUGUCAUAUGGUCAGAUGAAACCAAAAUAGAACUUUUUGGUAAAAACUCAACUCGUCGUGUUUGGAGGACAAAGAAUGCUGAGUUGCAUCCAAAGAACACCAUACCUACUGUGAAGCAUGGGGGUGGAAACAUCAUGCUUUGGGGCUGUUUUUCUGCAAAGGGACCAGGACGACUGAUCCGUGUAAAGGAAAGAAUGAAUGGGGCCAUGUAUCGUGAGAUUUUGAGUGAAAACCUCCUUACAUCAGCAAGGGCAUUGAAACGUGGCUGGGUCUUUCAGCAUGACAAUGAUCCCAAACAUACCGCUCGGGCAACGAAGGAGUGGCUUCGUAAGAAGCAUUUCAAGGUCCUGGAGUGGCCUAGCCAGUCUCCAGAUCUCAACCCCAUAGAACAUCUUUGGAGGGAGUUGAAAGUCUGUGUUGCCCAGCGACAGCCCCAAAACAUCACUGCUCUAGAGGAGAUCUGCAUGGAGGAAUGGGCCAAAAUAACAGCAACAGUGUGUGAAAACCUUGUGAAGACUUACAGAAAACGUUUGACCUGUGUCAUUGCCAACAAAGGGUAUAUAACAAAGUAUUGAGAAACGUUUGUUAUUGACCAAAUACGUAUUUUCCACCAUAAUUUGCAAAUAAAUUCAUUAAAAAUCCUACAAUGUGAUUUUCUGAAUCUUUUUCUCUCAUUUUGUCUGUCAUAGUUGACGUGUACCUAUGAUGAAAAUUACAGGCCUCUCUCAUCUUUUUAAGUGGGAGAACUUGCACAAUUGGUGGCUGACUAAAUACUUUUUUCCCCCACUGUAUUUCUAUUGAGAGGUGGCUGUCCCAAACCCUGAUUCCUAAACUUCAUGUUUGAAAAUAAAGCAAUUCAUGAUUUUUGUAUAUUUUUGUACACUUAUUUAAAUAGAACAUCUUGAGUUGUUCUAUUACUACAUUGAAAGAUACUGAUCUAAUUAUUAGUUUUGUUUAUUUUUAAAUAUCUUUCUCUGAAAAAUGCUGUCCCCACUUUUGAUGUCACUACAUCCAUUAAGACCUAAACCUGGAGUUGUACAUAAAGGGUGUGACCAUUGAAAAAGUUAAACUGCUAGGUAUAACAUUGGAUGGUCAGUUAUCAUGGUCAAGUCAUAUUGACAAAGUUGUUGUGAAGAUGGGGAAGGGUAUGUCUGUCAUAAAAAGCUGUUCUGCGUUUUUGACACAAACAUCAACUGUACUAUUUGUUAAGGCUCUGGUCUUGUCCCAUCUUGAUUACUGUCCGGUAAUAUGGUCAAGUGCAGCAAAGAAAGACCUAGCAAAGCUGCAGCUGGCUCAAAACAGAGCAGCACGCCUUGACCUUAAUUGCACAUACAGAACUAACAUCAACAAUAUGUAUGCCAGUCUUUCCUGGUUGAGGGUUGACGAGAGAUUAACUUCUUCUCUUGUAGUUUUUAUGAGAAAUAUUACUGUGAUGAAAAUUCCAGAUUGUCUGCAGAAUCAAAUAACAUUCAGCUCAGACACCCAUACAUACCCCACAAGACAUGCCAACGGGGGUCUCUUCACAGUCCCCAAGUCCAAAACGAAUUCACGGCAACGCACAGUUUUAUAUAGAGCCAUGAUCGCAUGGAACUCCCUUCCCUAAAAAACUGAUUAAAAGACAUCUCAUGGAACGGCGGGGACUGUAAGGGGACACACACAGAAACACACCCACACACAGACACACUCUAACACAUACAUACUUUUUUAGUUGUAUUGUUUGUGUAAUUUUUUGUUGCAUUGUUUGCAUUUUGUUGUAUUUUAUAUUUGUGUGACUCUCCUUGUCUGUCAGUGUAUGUGUUUUGUAACUUGUCAUGUUUUGUGCUUUUUUUGUGGACCCCAGGAAGAGUAGCUGCUGCUUCUGCAAAAGCUAAUGGGGAUCCAAAUAAACAAACUACCGAAUCACACACUUUAAAAGACUGUAGAAUGAAUGUGCCUUAAGCCAUACCCCUACAAAUAUCACCAGGUGAUGGGAUUGCACCCCUCUCCACUAUGGCCACAUGGUGAGUAGUCUGUCUGCAAACAUUUUGGAGAAAAAAUGAGUGAGCAAGUUGGUAAAUCUUAAUGUAUUUUUAAGAAGUGUUACUACCGAACAUCCAAUACAUCAAGAAAUAUGUAAACUUAUGGUUUUGGGACUAAAAUAUAUGUUUGCUGGGAUGUCCACAUGAAAGAUAGCCAGCCAUAUGUAAACAAAGCCGAUUUUUUAAAAGUCCAAAAUGAGUCACAAUUGUCCAAACCGAAACGGUCACAACCAAAACAAUAGAGAUAAAUAGAGGUCUCAUCUUUGUAUCUGUGCCAUUAUGGAGUCUGUGACUGCACCGGCAGGGCCAUUGAGACUAUCUCCAAUCUAAAGUUGCAUGUGCCAUGCUCUACCAACUGAGCUACAGAGGACCACCAUGUGGGUAGUGGACAAGUGCACACUUCAGGAAAAAGUGUAGAAUAUUGAAAUGUAUAGCCAGCAGGGGGGGGGGGGGGGGGGGGGGGGCUCCAAUCCAAUCCAAUCCUAUUUGGCCAAAACAUAGACGUCUAUAAUGUGCUAUACUGUACUGAACUGUACUCUACUGUGCUCUAUUAUACUGUACUGUAACCUACUCUACUAUACUGUACCCUACUGUACUGUACUCUACUCAAGUUUACUCUACUUGAGUUUCUAACAAUUGAAGAAAGGGCCUUGGACUCUUGAUCUAGUGGUCUUGGUCUUGAGACCACUCAAGACCACAUACAUUAAUUAGAUCUUUAACUUGUCAUGGUCUCAACUCACUGGGUCUGGGUCUUGGGACCAAUGUCAUAGCAUAAAUCUUGGUCUUGGCUCCUGGAUAUUACCUUAGUCUUUGAUUUACAAACCAUAGGCAACCCAAUUUGAAAAAAUACAAUGCUCUCUGAUCAUUGGCUGAUCACUCUCAAACCAUAGGAAUCCCCACUCAGUUGACUACUUUUAAAUGGUGGAAGCCCUCAAGGGUAAUGUCUAUACCAAAACAAGUUACUUCCAUCUAGAGUCCUCUACCUCUAUGACUAAUACUUGACACAGAAACGCCUGGUAUUUUACCAAAAUAAAGACAUUUUACAGAGAACAAUAGAGAUGAUAUUUCUCUAAAUAAAAUGUAAAGGUUUUGAAAAUCAGGCUAAAUAUCAUGUUUUUACUAUUUUGUUAAUUUAGUAUGCAAAUACAAUUUCGAAAAUGAAUCUGUAAUUGAAGGUUAAUCAAAAAUUAUCACUACUAUGCAUGGUUCUCCCUUUAUAGAAACUUUUCCCACUAUGUUUCAGUAGUGACAAAUUUAGUGAGGUGGUAAGGAAUUCAGGUAAAUAUUUCAGAUAUGCAAUACAAACAAAGUGUGUGAAUAGUAUAUAUGUCUACCUGACAUGUGUGCUGGAAGUUUGGGAGAAACAGGAUACAAAUGUGAUUUUUUCCCAACCCCCAAUUUACACCAGUUCUGUAGAACAACCCAUAUAUGCACUUAUGAGGUGUCCUGUCCUUUCAAAAAUCACCAAUAGCUCAAUAUCCCUCAAUUUCCCAUAGUGUUUCUCUCAAUAAAUAUUUUUCUUUGGCCCAUCACCUCCCACUUAAGAGGACUAUAUAAUUUCAAAAACCUUCUAACAGUUGUCCUCACCAUUAUGUUUGUCUUCUCACAGAUAGGAGCCCCCUGCCUGCUGCUGUACAUUGAUGCCAAGGGUGAGACCAUGGUCAAGAGGCUGAUGAAGCGUGGUGAGACCAGUGGCCGAGCUGACGACAAUGAGGAGACCAUUAAGAAGCGCCUGGACCUGUACUACAAAGCCACCGAGCCAGUCAUCGCCUUCUACUCCAGCCGCGGCAUCGUCAGGAAGGUGAGACUGGAACUACAAGCUAUAGGCUAUUGUAAUGAGAUAAAAGAUAGAGGAAGUUUGUCAUGUAUGAGAGUAUGUCAUAGCACAGUGGAAUAAAAACAUUUCUGUUUUAUUUUUAUUUUUAAAUGGCACGUAAAAAAUGACACAUUGUGACAAUACACUCAAGUGUCUCAUCUCACAUCUCUCUGAAAUCUAUAACACUCUCUCACUCAGAAAAUUCUCUUCACUUUACAACGGUGACGCCACCCUCAUUGCAAUCUCAUUUCAUGCCUCUCUUUCUCUCAUUCUCCUCAGAUUGACUCCGAACUGCCUGUGGAUGAAGUCUUCGGACACGUUGCCAAAGCUAUCGAUGGCCUGAAGUAA